AUGACGUUUCUUCAUCUUAACCCAAGCUUUAAAUUUUCUGCAACAAUGUCGAAGAUUGGUAUUAAUGGAUUUGGCCGUAUUGGGCGUCUGGUACUUCGUGCAUCCAUUGAAAAGGGAGCCCAGGUUGUUGCUGUCAAUGACCCUUUCAUCGGUUUGGAUUAUAUGGUCUAUCUUUUCAAGUAUGACUCAACACAUGGCCGCUUCAAGGGAACUGUGACUGCCGAAGAUGGUUAUCUUGUAGUAAAUGGAAAUAAAAUUGCUGUCUUCUCUGAGAGAGAUCCUAAAGCAAUUCCAUGGUCAAAGGCAGGUGCUGAAUAUGUUGUGGAAUCAACUGGUGUUUUCACUACUACAGACAAAGCAUCUGCCCAUUUAGAAGGAGGUGCAAAAAAGGUCAUCAUUUCUGCUCCCAGUGCUGAUGCGCCAAUGUUUGUAGUUGGCGUCAACCUGGAAGCUUACGACCCAUCUUACAAGGUUAUCUCUAAUGCCUCCUGCACCACUAACUGCUUAGCUCCCCUUGCUAAGGUUAUCCACGAUAACUUCGAAAUUGUUGAAGGAUUAAUGACAACUGUCCAUGCCACCACUGCCACCCAGAAGACAGUCGAUGGUCCUUCUGGCAAGCUCUGGCGUGAUGGACGCGGUGCCCAACAAAACAUCAUUCCUGCUUCUACUGGUGCUGCUAAGGCUGUCGGUAAAGUGAUUCCCGCUCUGAAUGGUAAACUUACUGGCAUGGCUUUCCGUGUUCCUGUAGCCAAUGUAUCCGUUGUUGACCUCACUGUCCGCCUUGGCAAACCUGCCAAUUAUGAAGCUAUUAAACAGAAGGUGAAAGAAGCAGCUGAAGGACCUCUUAAAGGUAUUCUCGGAUAUACUGAAGAUCAAGUUGUAUCUUCUGACUUUAUUGGCGACUCACACUCAUCUAUUUUUGAUGCCGCUGCAGGUAUAUCCCUAAAUGACAACUUUGUAAAACUUAUCAGUUGGUAUGACAAUGAAUAUGGAUACUCUAGCCGAGUUAUUGAUCUCAUCAAAUACAUCCAGAGCAAGGAUUAG